CCACUUCCUGCUUUCUUUCGUUCAUUCACACACGUGAAGGUCAGUAAAAAAAGCUCAUCGGCAGUGAAAUUUACAAGAAAUUUGACCGUUUCGAAUAGUUUUUAAGAAAAAAUGGACAGCAAGGGAGCGACAGCAGACCCCCAGCUUCAGCAAUUCAUCGAAAUCGAGUCUCAAAAACAGAGAUUUCAGCAGCUGGUGCACCAGAUGACAGAGGUUUGCUGGGAUAAAUGCAUGGAUAAACCCGGGCCCAAGUUGGAUUCCAGGACUGAAGCGUGCUUUGUUAACUGCGUGGAGCGAUUUAUUGACACCAGCCAGUUCAUCCUAAACAGACUGGAGCAAACUCAGAAGAGCAAGGGGACAUUUUCUGAAACGAUGUUAGACUAAAAUCUAACUGGAAGGUUGGAGAUGGCACACGGUCUCCGCUCUCAGGGGGUCCGUUUGAUCCUGACACCAUUCUCCGUUCAGCAUACUGAAGAACUCUAAUCAGCUGGAAAAGUAUUACCAUAUCAAGUGCCUGGGAUUAAAACUAUGUCAGGUUUUACUUGGUCUCUGCUGGAGUUUAUGUGGUUACGUCUGCUGUUGCAUCGGGUCACAGAAAGUGAGUUCAAACUGUAAAGGCAGGUUUGAACCAUGGACACCUCUGGAACAUCGAGUUUGCGUACAGUUCCUGACUUCAAAAACACGAAGACCUCUCUGACUGGAGGUGCCACGCACAGCAGUUAGUCUGGAUUGUAAAUAUGCAAUAAAAAAUGCCAAAUAAGCACUCA